CUCCGUUUUUCUCUUUUUCUCUUUCUCUCUCUCACACCCAUGGAGCAAGGGAAUGAAACUUUCGUCCCGGGAUUCAUUCUGCAAGGCCUCUUCAACCAAGGGGGACACGAAGGCCUCCUCUUCUCCAUCCUCCUCUUCAUGUAUCUGCUGAUUCUCCAGGGCAACCUGCUGAUUGUCCUUCUGAUCCUCUGCGACGCCCGUCUCCUCCACACCCCCAUGUAUUUCUUCCUCAGCUACCUCUCUCUGGCCGACAUGUGCUUUGCCUCUUCCACGAUCCCCGUAAUGCUGCGUAACCUCCUUUCCCAGGACAGGGCCAUCUCCUGUAGCGGUUGCUUGUCUCAGAUUUAUCUUUUCUUGGCCUUUGGCAACAGCGACAACUUUCUGCUCGCCACCAUGGCCUACGACCGCUACUUGGCUAUCUGCUGCCCUCUGCACUACACGGCCUUGAUGAACACCAAGCGUCGCCUCUCGAUGGUCUCUGGCUGUUGGCUCCUGGCCCUCUUUCAGGCCACGCUGUACACCUCCAUGCUUUCCUCCCUUUCCUUUUGCGCAUCCCGGGAGGUCCCCCAUUUUUUCUGUGAAUUCUACCCUGUGCUGGGGCUCGCCUGCUCCGAUACCACUGCCAUAAAGCUUGUGGCACUGACCGAGGGUGUUCUAGAUGUUCUGGGGCCUUUCGUCUUCAUCGUGGCCUCCUACGGGCGCAUCUUCGUCGCCAUAAUGAAGACUCCAUCCUCCACCAGCAAACGCAAGGCCUUCUCCACGUGUGGUUCUCACCUGGCUGUGGUUAUCCUGUUCUACGGCACCCUCUGCUGGAUCUAUACCCAGCCUACCUCUGAGAACAAGACCCUGCCUUCCCUCAUGUACACUGUGGUCACUCCUAUGCUGAACCCUUUCAUCUACAGUUUGAGGAACAAUGAGAUGAAAGGAGCCUUGAGGAGGCUUUUUAACAGGGUGAGCAUCAUUCAUAGGAACUGGAAGUAA